GGGAGAAGUGGGUCAGAAACACGAGAAGUGGGUCAGAAACACACGUUGUAUUUCAGGCAAUUCCAUGUGCCCACAUGGCGCUGAUUGUAGAGAGCCUCAAACAUACACAGACUCGCCAUAGAUUGUUGACUUGUUGCAGAAAAAGAAGAUGAACAAGAAAUACUAGUCCACAAAAAUACACACACUUACACACACGACUGACUGACUACCAAUUAAACCCAUCAAGCACUCGACAAACCAUACCAUUAUUCACUCCCAAGUCUCAAUCAUCGAUCAGCCUAUAUUAUUUCAAUUUCUAGAGAGUGUGUGUAGAGACAGAGAGAGAUGAAGGAGAGCAGUGAUGGAUUUGUGAGGGCAGAUCAGAUUGAUCUGAAGAGCUUAGAUGAACAAUUGGAGAGACACCUCAACAGGGCAUGGACCAUGGAGAAGAACAAGAAGAAACAACAUGACUCUGACCCCUCCGCCACCACCGCCACCGUGCCCGCCACAGUCACCGCCAGGCAGAGGCACGAGUGGGAGAUCGAUCCCUCCAAGCUCAUCAUCAAAAGUGUCAUUGCUCGUGGCACUUUCGGCACCGUCCACCGUGGUAUCUACGACGGCCAAGAUGUUGCCGUUAAACUGCUGGACUGGGGAGAAGAGGGCCAUCGAACAGAAGCUGAAAUAGCAUCAUUGAGGGCGGCUUUUACACAAGAAGUUGCAGUGUGGCAUAAGCUUGACCAUCCUAAUGUAACUAAGUUUAUAGGGGCAACGAUGGGCUCUUCAGAGUUGAACAUACAGACGGAAAAUGGUCACAUCGGUAUGCCAAGUAAUAUCUGUUGCGUUGUUGUCGAAUAUCUUGCAGGAGGUGCCUUGAAAUCUUACCUCAUAAAGAACAGGAGAAGGAAGUUGGCUUUCAAAGUUGUUCACCAGAUAGCACUUGAUCUUGCUAGAGGGUUGAGUUACCUUCACUCUCAGAAGAUUGUUCACAGGGAUGUGAAGACAGAAAAUAUGUUAUUGGACAAAACACGAACUGUAAAAAUAGCUGAUUUUGGGGUUGCUCGUGUUGAGGCCUCAAAUCCUAAUGACAUGACUGGGGAGACUGGCACCCUUGGUUACAUGGCUCCUGAGGUUCUCAAUGGCAACCCAUAUAACAGGAAGUGCGAUGUGUACAGCUUCGGCAUAUGUUUAUGGGAAAUAUAUUGCUGUGACAUGCCAUAUCCUGACCUCAGUUUCUCAGAAGUGACUUCAGCGGUUGUUCGCCAGAAUCUGAGGCCAGAAAUACCAAGGUGUUGCCCAAGUUCUCUGGCAAACGUGAUGAAGCGAUGCUGGGAUGCUAACCCCGACAAGCGGCCAGAGAUGGAUGAGGUAGUUUCCAUGUUGGAGGCCAUCGACACAUCAAAAGGCGGAGGUAUGAUCCCUCUUGAUCAACCUCAGAGCUGUCUAUGCUUCCGCAAGUAUCGAGGACCUUGAAACUACAUCCUGAGCAUACAAACAGCUAGCAUACUAAUAUUUCAUUGUCCAAAAGAUCCAUACCUGUAUUUGUGAAGGAACAAAAGAAAUUAGGGUUUCAGAGCCGAGAAGAUUCGGAUGAUGAUACAUAUAAUAGGCUGAGGAGCCCUGCAACAUCUCUCUUUAAUGGAUGAUGUAAAGCUUUCCCAUUAAUCUUUCUGUAAUUUUGGUUUAUUCUUUUGGGUUCUUCAAAUAUGCGUAUUUCAUUGCCUUGCCAGUUUGGUGGUGGACUGGCGCUCAACCUUUUCUGUAAGAUCACCCUUUAUAUAUACUAGUAAUAAUCAUCAUUACUAUUAUUGUUAA